GAAUUCACAGUCAUGCUCAUAACUGUAAAUGAAGCAGCACCGAGAGGAACAGCAUCACUGCGGGGCCAUUUUUAGUUACACGCUGCUGGCAUAACUGGCAUGUUGCUUUUAACUCAUGUCCUUCUAAUCUUAUGGAUUUCUACUGUGGGGGGACUAGGGAGAUAUUGUGAUUUUCCAAAAAUAAACCAUGGAAUUCUGUACAAUGAAAAGAAAUACAAGGCAUCUUUCCCAGUUUCUCUUGGGAAAAUUUUCUAUUAUUCCUGUGAAUAUAAUUAUAUGCCUCCUUCAAAAUUCUUUUGGACUCCCAUAACAUGCACAGAGGGCGGAUGGUCACCGACUCCAAAGUGUCUCAGAGUGUGUUUCUUUCCUUUUGUGGAAAACGGUCAAUCUGCAUCUUCGGGACAAAUAUACCUGGAAGGCGCCACUGUGCAAAUUACCUGCAAUAAGGGCUACAGCCUCCCGGAUAACCAGGGCAGCAUUACCUGUGCUGAAGGGGGCUGGUCCUCCCCUCCUGAAUGCAUCUCCACCAAAAAAUGUUUAAAAACAGAUAUUGUAGUUGCCAAUGGGUUUUUGUCUGAGUCAGAAUAUGCUUAUUCUAUAAAUAAAGAAACACAAUAUAAGUGUAAACCAGGAUAUACAACAGCAGAUGGAAAAACGUCAGGGACAGUUCAGUGUUUGCAAGGUGGAUGGUCAAGUCAACCCACUUGUAUUAAGUCCUGUGAGAUGCCAGUAUUAGUGAAUGCCAGAGUCAAGAGUGAUUUCACGUGGUUUCAGCUCAAUGACAUGCUGAACUACGAAUGCGACGCCGGGUAUAAAAACCAAGAUGGACGCACCACAGGCUCCAUAGUGUGUGGCGAAGACGGCUGGUCCCAUUUGCCCAUAUGCCGUGAAACAGAAUGUCAGCUUCCAUUUUUAGAAGCAAACGUAGAUGCUUAUCCAAAGCAAGAAAAAUACAAAGUUGGAGAUGUGCUGAAAUUUUCCUGCAGACAAAGACUUAAAAGAGUUGGGCCGGAUUCAGUUCAAUGCUACCAAUUCGGAUGGUCACCUAAUUUUCCAACAUGCAAAGGGCAAGUGCGAUCCUGUGGUCAACCUCCUCAACUGCCCAAUGGAAAAAUGAAACACAGAAAACAAGAAAAAUACGAACACAGUGAAAUGGUGGAAUGUGAUUGCAACCCUAAUUUUGUACUGAAGGGGCCUAAGAAAAUACAGUGUAUGGAUGGAGAAUGGACAGCUCUGCCCACGUGUGUUGAACCAGGGAAAGCAUGUGGAUUUAUGCCUCAGCUUGAGAAUGGCUAUAGCCAGCCCUCUGUCCCUCCCUAUCGACAUGGAGUUUCAGUGGUGUUAAGUUGCAGAAAUGCAUAUACAAUGAUUGGAAAUACUACAAUUACAUGUAUUGAUGGAAUAUGGACCGAGCUUCCUAAGUGUGUUGCAACAAACCAACUUAAGAGGUGUGAAAAACCACGGUUUUAUACAAGAAGACAUUUAAGUUCACAUAUGUAUGAAUUUAAUCACAAUGCCAGAGUAAGUUACAAGUGUGCUGGGAAGAGUACAGACAUACAGACAGUCUGCAUCGACGGGAAGUGGGACCCUGAACCAGACUGCCUAGGAAAAAAGAAGCAACUGUGCCCACCUCCACCUCAGAUUCCUAACGCUCAGAACAUGCUAACCACAGUGAAUUACCAGGAAGGAGAGAAGGUCGCUGUCCUCUGUAAAGAAAAUCAUGCAUUUCUGGAAGCAAAAGAACUUGUGUGCAAAAGUGGACAAUGGCAGUCCUUACCACACUGUGUAGAGACUGCACAAUACUGUGGGCCCCCUCCGCCUAUUGACAAUGGAGACAUCACCUCCUUCCCCUCAUCAGCAUACUCUCCAGGGUCGAUGGUCCAGUACCGCUGCCAGUCUUUCUAUGAGCUCCGGGGAAAUCUGACUGUGACGUGCAGAAAUGGACGGUGGUCAGAACCACCCACAUGCAUUGAUGCAUGUAUCAUAUCUGAAGACAGAAUGAACAAAAAUAACAUACAGUUAAAAUGGAGAAACCCCCCCAAAAGAUAUGCUAAAACAGGGGAUUUCAUUGAAUUUGAGUGUAAACAUUCACAUAAAGAGAGAACACCCAUACAAUCAUUUCGAGUCCUCUGUCAGGAAGGGAAAUUUGAAUAUCCCACAUGUGAAUGAAACAAGCACAACUUCCCUGGAUGUAGCCUUAAAAGUAAUCU